AUGCCCAACGAGCCAGAUUCGAAUACGUUUGCAGACUCGCUGGGUCUGCUGACUGAAAAUGCUGAAUCUAAUACCAGGAAAAGACCUCGGUUGGCAGAGCAGCAACAGCUUACGCUCAACACCAACGUUCUCACUCCGUUUUCAUUCUCUCCUUAUUCGUUUUCAAGCAACACGCCAUCCAUCGAUUUUAACUUCUCCGCUUACUCGGAUGCCCCAUCGUCUUGCUCCAGUUUCACUCCGCAGAGCUCAGUCUAUUUUUCUUCCACUCCUUUAUCGCCCAUGCCUUCUCCCAGGCGACAUUCCGAUGUAGUCCGAUUUGGCACCCGGCCAAAACGGACGUCAUCUCCCCGUCCAAGACCCCAGUCGAGCCCGUAUUCUCUAGAUGUUGGUCGUAGAAGAAUGUCAGGCGGUUCCAGCGCUUCUUUCUCUCCCUACGUUCCUUCUCCUCUUGUUGGCCGAAAGCCGGGCAACUCUUCAUCAUAUGCGUCUCCACAGAUGCGAGGAGGGCCCUUUUUCCCCUCGCCGAUGGUGCAAGGGCCCCUCCAGUCUGGAAAUCUAUUCGUCAAUUCCGGAUUCCCUGGUCUUGAUCAAUAUGGCCAUCGCUUCGCCGUUCCUGAGCCGAUCGCAUCGCAGAGGAUACCACGGACGUUACGCAGCGACGUCGACCCCGAUCAGACGUACUUUGAGGAUUAUUCUGGGCUUUCAGACCCUCCUGAUCUAUUGGGUCCGCUGAAAGACACGCCUCUGUCCCCUCCGCCAGAAGACAUGAUGCCAUCGGACCCGACUAUGGUUCCCCACGAACAGGACUUGCGGUUUGAGAAUGACCUAUAUACUCCAAAGUGGGUUCGUGGCCAUGGAAACAAGCGUGAGGGAUGGUGUGGCAUCUGCAAGCCAGGUCGCUGGCUUGUAUUGAAGAACUCGGCAUUCUGGUACGAUAAAAGCUUUACGCAUGGCAUCAGCGCCGUUACCGGACAAGCGUUCGCGGCGCCGAAGGAAAUAAGGAGGACGGAGGGAAGUGCAAACAUCUGGGAAGGCCUGUGUGGGAACUGUGGCCAGUGGGUGGGACUUGUGACUAGCAAGAAAAAGGGGACGACCUGGUUUCGACAUGCAUACAAGUGCCAUAACCACUAUAAACCGGAUGACUCGCAUAAAAGGCCACGGGAUAAUGAAGAACCCCGUGGUAUUUCUACUGUGGAAGCAUAUUCCAAGUCUCCCCAGUGUGUAGCAACAUCGAAGCCGGAGUCUGUAGCUCUCGGUUUUGCAUUGGACGUGGAGGAACUCGGCCAUCGGACUGCAAAAAGCAUUGCGGAUGCUCUUUAG